AUGGAUAGUAUAAAUUUAAAUAAUUAUAAAUUAAAUUUUAAUAUACAAAAUAGUUAUUAUAAAAUAUUAAAUAAAAAUGAUUUUAAUAUAAAGAUUUCUUUUGAAAAAUCAUAUUCCAAAGAAAUUGACUAUUUUAUAGUAAAAUCAUUAUCAACGGAAUAUAAAAAAGAAGAAUUUCAGGUAGCCCCAAAAAAUGAUUCAUUUUUUGCAAAUGAUAUGUUUACUGAUAAAUCAUUACAUAUCACUAUUAGAGUAGAUAACGAAAUCAUUUUAUAUGGAUCUAUUAUAAUUGGUAUUGAUAAUUAUUGUACCUAUAUUUCAAAAGGAGCUAUUAACUAUCCAGUAACCUCAUUAAAAGGUGAUGUUUUGGAACUAAACAAAAUAAUCAUCGAUCCUAGAAUUAGAAAUAAAGUUGAAAAUAAUAAAGAAAUGGGUAAUAUUAUAUUUGAAUUUUUAAUUUUAUUUCUCUGUUGGUUUUCAAAUGAAAAUAGCUUGGGUUUUAUUUAUUCUACAAUCGAUUACAAUGAUGUAGAGUCAUUUUUAGAAAAAUAUAGUUAUAUUGGGGCCAAAAUCUUUUCAAAAAACAAAUUAAAGUUUUUAAAUAAUUCAUCAUUAGCAAUAAAUGAUAGGAAUGAAGCAAAGGAAAAAUCAAUAUUUUUAACCCCAAUUGCAUUUACAUUCACAAGAAUGUAUUUUAAUUGGAAUCAUUUAAUUAGAGUAAUAUUCAAUAAUGAUAAAGAGUAUUUCAAAUACUACAUUUACAAUAGUUUUAAAAAAUAUUAUAUAUUAAAUAAUAGAAUCAUUUCAAAAUUAUAA